GGAGUAUCCAACUUGAUCAACACUACUUGUCACUCCAACAACCUCUUCGGAGUGAUAUCACUAAGUACCAUGAGCUGGACAGGGUCUGUUUCCUAUCUCGAUGUAGCUCACUGAGGUCUGAUAUCCACUAGGUUCAAGAAGUCGCUGAAUAGGGCGGGUACCACGGUAGGAACACAUCUUCGAUCCUACGCGGAGCACCCAUGACUCGUUUCAACCAUUCAGGUCUUACAAAAGACCGGACAGAUCGAACGCACGAUAGACCGUGAAUUUGCGGAUGAAGAGGCCAAGUACAGAGCGUACGUGCAUCCGCAGUCCGUCUCCUUGUUAUUUGACUUGGUCCAGCUUCGAGAAGGAGUGUCAGGCGUUACAGAGGGACGCCAAGCAAUAUCAGGAUGCCAUGCGCUCGAUGACAACCACACAGGCGCGGUUAGCUGAGACCGUCGAGACUUUCUACGGCGCUGCAGAUCGCACAUCAGAUGGUGCUAUGGCAAGUCAUGCUUUCACGAGUGCAGUGGAGGAGCUCGAUAGCGGUAUUCAAAGGGAACUUGAAGGUCCUUAUCGCACGACCAUCAUGGAACCCCUCGGAAAGAUGAACGCAUACUUCCCCGUUGUUAACGAGCAUAUCACCAAACGGAAUAAGAAGCUCCUGGACUUCGACGCUGCACGUAGCAAACUACGAAAGACGAUCGAGAAACCGAGUGAAGAUCCUACAAAGCUUCCAAAAGCACAACAAGAACACGACGAUGCGAAAGAGGUUUUCGAGCUCAUGAACGAUCAACUCAUCUCGGAGCUCCCGCAGCUCUUGGAUCUGCGUAUACCGUAUUUUGAUCCCAGUUUUGAGGCUAUGAUUCGCAUGCAAUGUAAGUUUGCUGAGGAAGGAUAUGAGAAGAUGAGCGCUGUACAGAGGUAUUUUGCAGACAAUGUGCGGGAUGAUUAUGCUGCAGGUCAGCUGGAUGCACAGGUCGAGGCGGUCUUACAGGAAAUGAGAGAAUUAUCUAUCUGCGGGGCGAACUGAUCCCUGCGCAUCAUCUCAUGUAUACUACCUAUUGUUCAAGUAGAGUUUGUUUUCGGACGACACAGUAUUAAUGCGUGUAGAACCCUUAUAAGACUGCAUAUUCCAUGACUAGGCAUCAAAAGACUAGUUGGUGACCUCAUAGGCAUUCAGUGUUCGCGUUCGCGUCUGAGUUUAGCACACGUAUCGGUAUGCGGA